AGCGCGAUUAUGGAAUCUCGACAACAACCAGCCCAUCAGUUUGCCCCUCCAUCAUGCAAAUACUGUGUUUUCUGUGUCGUUUUCGGCAGAUGGAAAGUCACUAGCCACUGGCUGCAGUGACAGCAAUGCAUACAUGUGGGAUGCUUCUGCGAUAGUAACAGAAGCUGGCCUCGAUGAACUUCUCUUGAACCAGUGCGACAAGUCGGUACUCGCUGCUGAUGCUACACGAAGUCCAGUCCGUCAGCCAAUAAAGGUCUCCAAUCGGGUUCCCCAAGGGUUCUUCGAUGGCACACCACAUCGUGCUCAUUCUUCUGCGCGACUCGAUUCCCGCGAUACGCCAUCACGACCCAGCAUUUUUCUCUGGGUUCGAAACCUUUUCUCUGACAAUUCAAGCGGUGCAGACAUCGAGCUGCGCGAGCGUCACUCAGCAGUCGAUGUUCCGUAUGCCAAGGGCAAACGUAGGAACGCGUCAGCACGAGAAAGACGGAUGAUAAUAAUUCCAUUGAAACCCAAGAACCCUGCUGCAAGCACUUCACGCCCUCCCAAUAGCAACGUCACACAAUCCAGUGGCGUGGCUCAUCCUCAGUCAUCUCCCCAACCACAGGCUGCCGUCUCGACGUCAUCCACCAUAUCUCCGGAAUCCGCUGUCACUAACACAACUCCAACCACCAAUCCUCACAUCAUAAUCAAACACGCUGGGCGCUGGACUCGUUUUUGGGUCGCUAUAUGUUGUGCCUCCUCUGAGUAUAAUGACGGUCAUCAUUAAUUUAUCCGGUUUAUCUCCUUGUCUUUUAAAAAGAUCCCCUUUGCCCUUUGAGAUGCUAUCAAAUGGCAUUCACUUUUAGAUUUAAACGAUUUUCAGACGAGUCCUUCACUUUCGAAUCACAUUGCAAGGUACUUGGGAGAUCAGGAGGUGCUUGAUCACCUGCUUUCACAAUGUCACAAGUAUAUACGAUUCUAAAGGCAAAAACAGAGACGCGAAGGUUGUUUCUAA